AUGGAUGCCGCUCGCCGCCCACGAAUCAACCAGCAGGAUGGCCCGUGGAGCGUCAGUGUGGCAGAGUCGCCAGAGGACCAGCGCUCCUACUCUAUCUACAUAAAAACUCCCACCCACAAUCUCACCCUCACACGAACAGCCCAAGAGCUUUUCGACCUGGAUAGAAAGCUGCGAGAGUCGCAUCCGGGCACCAAGCUUCCCGAUUUGCCAAUCGACUCGUCCAAGCGAAAGACCAAGUCUGUCUUCCUCAAUACACUCUCCCGACUUGCUUCACCAAGCACCAACCGCACUUCCCGUGCAACAUCCGCCACAAGACGCACCCCCGUUGCCUCCCCCCAAGCGGAAACCACUGACCCCUUCCUCUCUUUUGGGCCGAGCGAAGGCCCAGUUACCCCAUCACCAUCUCCUUCUGGUCAAAGUACCGCAUUGGCCGCAUAUCUUACGACCGUCAGUAAUGCCCCUACACUCCGUCAGGCCCGUGUUUGGAAGCGAUUUGUCCGUGUUCGGACCGACGACUUAGAGAGUGUGAGGGUCGAGCGAGCAAUCAAAAGGGUACGGAGCGAUCUUGCUUCGCAUACUGGCGGUGGACUUCGUGGUAAGGAGAAUAUCGCGGUCGAUGCUGGGAUCAAGGAAGAUGAAUCGCCCGAGCCUACACCAGUGACAGCGACAGCAACAACAGAGGACACUGCUAAAGAGGAAUCGCAACCUGACCCUCAGCCGUUGUCUGCUGAAGAGCCACCACCCCCACCAGCGGACGCGGAAACAAGCUCACUUCGUGAAGCCGCAAGGAUACCUCGUUCUCAAUCCGCCGACCCGGACAGGUCUUCUCGUCUCUCACGCGCUUUUACCAACCAGGAGGCAGAGCAAACCGAUCAGGAAGAUAUGACUUCUUCGCAAGCCGGCGAAACAGAGGACGACUCGAGCAUUUCCACAACAGGAAACGACUCGCGACCCAAGAAACGUAGUUCCAAGAAAAAAUUACGCGGAAUAUCGGUCCCCCGAAAGAGCAGUCGUAAGGUCGUCAUUGACGACUUCGACAUGAUGCGGGUGUUGGGCAAGGGCUGCGCGGGCAAAGUUCUCCUCGUCAAGCACAAGAAUACCUCCGAUUUGUAUGCGCUCAAGGCCAUCACGAAACGUCACGUAUUAGCUCACCAGGAGCUUCAGCAUACGCUUACAGAGCAAGCUGUUCUCAAACGUAUGGCUGCGGAGAACAAGGAUCCUUUUGUGGUCAAGUUGUGGUGGAGCUUCCACGACAAAGAGAAUCUUUUCCUUGUUAUGGAUUUUCACCCAGGAGGCGAUCUCGCAACACAACUUGCACGCUGGGGUCGUUUAGGCCGUGACCGCGCUCGGUUUUAUGCCGCCGAAAUCGUCGAAGGUGUCGAAGGUCUCCAUGCGGCUGGCGUAAUCUACCGGGAUCUCAAGCCAGAGAACAUUCUGAUUGGCGCUGAUGGCCAUAUCGUUUUGACUGAUUUCGGGCUCUCAAAAGAGUUCCCACGAAGGACGACCGCGACAACAGCACCGACAACACCGACCGGAGCUCGUGAGUUCGGUAGCACCGGUGCUUUGCCUGCUUCUCCCCCAUGGUUACGUCCGGAGAAGGGCGGAGAACUUGCAGCUGGUUGGCCUGGCCAACCAACGGGUCAAGCAGCCGAUACGACCACCACAUUUUGUGGCACUGCCGAGUAUCUUGCACCAGAGGUCAUCCAAGGGCUUGCAUAUAGCUAUGAAGUCGAUUGGUGGAGUUUCGGGACGAUGUUAUACGAAAUGCUAACCGGAAUAACACCCUUCUGGGCCAAUAAUCACUCUGACAUGUAUGUUCGAGUGUUACAAGACGAACUGCAGUUCCCCGAUGACCGCGCUAUGGACCAAGACACCAAGAGCUUGAUUCGGGGACUGCUUCAACGGAAUCCUGCACUCCGAAUGUGUGAACCGCGGAUAAAACGGCAUCCGUAUUUCUCCAUGAUAGAUUGGUCCCAUGUCUAUUACAAACGCUAUAUUCCCCCGUAUAUUCCUCCCAUUGAUCCGUCCAACGCAAGCGAUACCCAGAACUUCGAUGACACUUUCCUCGAUAUGGAACCGGUAUUGGACGCGGCGGAUGACGAUGCAAUGGACACUGAUCAGGAGCCCGCGACGGACACUGAGCGAACUGACGGCGAGGAUUCUAACACCACACCCUCGCAAUCACGCAGCUCGUCAAUACAAAUACCAAACGGGCAGGCGGUCACGGGACCAAAAGAGGAGGACGAGACGGUGGACGUGUUUGAUGGGUAUUCGUUCAAAGGGCGGCAUUCGGUCCUGAUCGACGAUGAAGAGGAUGAAGAAGAAGGAAGUGGUAGUGAAGAAGUGAGCGGAGAAGAUGAUGAUGAUGAAGAGGAUGUAUUGCGCGAUGUGGAUGUCCAGUUGGAGCCGGAAGCGCCGCAAGAGACUGGUGAUAUUGAGGAGACUGUCGAAGGGCCUGAGGAGGAUGCAGAGCCAAAGACACCUGAAGCGAGGCCAGUGGUGCCUGCUGGGCAGGUUCCGCCGAUUGAAAGCGAAAUUUCUGAAGAGCCUCGAGAAGAAGAACCAGAAAGGAGUCAAGAUGUCCCGACUUCUGCACCUCCUCCGGUCCCCGAGAAGCCCGCAGCCCCAGAGGUCCCCCCCAAAUCGGCAAAACCUCCCAAGCGUCCAACGCGUCGCGAGAAAUCAGGGGUUGCAGCCCUCGACAGGCGACUUCCCGAAGACGACCUCGAGAAAGACUCAGAAUUCGACGAAGAAGACGAAGACUGGGACUUUAUCGAUGCUGUUGACGGAGAAGACAGGAAUGGGGCGAGGGGCACAAGUCUGUUUGCCCGUGGAGUUGUGGACCGGUAUCGACUGGCUGUCUUCCGCAAAGCAUCCACGCCGAACGCCAGAUCGGUCUCGGGUCUCUCACAAGCUGACACAGAGGCAUCAACGCCAGGCGGGUCCCCUUCCCCUUCACAGCGUCGUGGCCGGACUGGGGCUGGAUUGACCUUCCGAAAACAAACGAGACAAUUCCUCCGGCCCAAGUCGCCGGCAGUACCACCAUCGUCCUUCUCGUCCAAGUCAAGUAGCUUCACGGCUGGUGGCUUGCUCACACCGGCGACAUCAAUCGCGGCUAUCUCGCCUUCACUCAAGUCAAAAGAGUCGGCGAUGUCGAUGGGAGCGUUGAGCUCAAGUUCUGGCGAUGGCGAGAACGGGGGGGUGCUGUCGGACAGCGGACCGUCCCUUUCCAGAGGGCGAGCGGCGACUGGGUCUUCUUCGCCCGAGACCGAUAGGCGGAAGAGCGGUGGGGGCGGGAACAAAAAGCUCAAAAAGUACAAGGAGAACGCGGAGAAGGUGUUUUCCUUCCUGUCGUCUCCCCGCGAGCGCGAAAAAGACAGGUCGUGA